AUGCCACCAUCUUCCACGCAACCACUCCUCCUUUCGCCCGCCGAACUCUCUUAUCUUCACACCUCCCUCUCCCUUGACCCCCCAAUUCGCCCCGACGCCCGCACAGCUACUCAAUUCCGUCCUCUCAUCGCCGAAUGCGAUGUCCUGCCUGGCACAAAUGGAAGCGCGCGCAUUUGUUUCGCGGAUGGUACUGAAGCGAUCGUGGGCGUGAAGUGUGAAGUUGAGAAAUCGCGUCCGACUUAUAAAGCUGCCGAAUUUGGUACUUCAGAAAAUGAUGAAGAGGAUGAAGAUAUGAAAGAGGCGAUUGAGAAGGAGAAGAUUGAGACUGAGCAAAAGGGUGAACGAGAUUGGUUGGAGUUGAGUGUGGAGAUUCCGGGUUUUAGGGAUGAUGAUAGUAUGCCUGUUUUCAUGGCGGCCAUGUUGAGUGAAGCGCUGUUGGCAGAUGCGGAGUUUGUGGGGAGAUUGUGGAUUAAUAGCAGGUUUCACUGGAAGAUAUAUGUUGAUAUUUUACUACUUUCACAACCACUAUCCUACCCAUUACCCCUCCUCUCCCUAACAGCCCAUCUCGCCCUUCUAUCUACUCGUCUGCCCCGUCUCAAAUCUGAAGGCGAUGAAGAUCCUCUCUUCGAUGACGACUGGGAAGCUUCCGUCUACUUGUACCCCCGAACACCACAAUCCACCAAUUCCCGACCCCCAAUUACCCUCCUCGUCAUAUCCGUAGGCGACAAUAUAAUUUUUGACCCGAGCAAAGAGGAAGUUACGGUUGCUGAAACCGUAUUGGCUAUCACCAUUGGAGAAAGAAGACGGAAGGAUGGAGACGUGGAUAUGGAUUCUUGUGCUGGAAGAGAUUUGAGGUUAUUGGCUGUGAGGACUGUGGAUUUACCGGCUAGAUUAACGGCGCCUGGCGUACCGAAUACGAUGAAUACUGCUACUGGAGGUGCGGCGGCUGAGACGACGGAUUUAGCUUCUACUCAAAGGGAGACAAUGAAUGAAGGAGGCGUUUGGCAACCACCGAGAGGGGGGAUUAAGAGGAAAUUGGUCGCAACGAUGAUUGCAAAGGUUAUGGAGCGCGGAGGGGUUGCAGAAGAGGUAUUGGAUGGUUUGGAGACUGUGGAGUUGGCCUAG